AUGGCUUGGAUCUUGUCCGCACCCGUUGCUGCCGCCCGCCGCCCGCCGCCGUCGGUUUGCGGUGAAGACUAUGGACAGGGCCUAUACCAAGGUUGUUACACGGCGCGGCGGCCGCGGCCAGAGCGGCUGCUGCUUGAUCGCCUGGCUGCUGGCAACGUUGCGGGCGGUAGCUGGGAUCAAGGUAUCAACAAAGUCGUGGUGCGAAAUGGCGGACCAGCCUGUCUACGGCAGUGCGGGGAGCCCUUUGGACCCAGGUCAUUUAACCGUGGCUAA